AUGAUGCAAUCCUCUUUUUCUCUCAGAACAGAUGUCUAUCCGCCCAUCGAUCCCGGAAUCCUCGUGGGGUCUUUGAAAGGCAAAAAUGCUCUGAUUACCGGUUCUGGGAGAGGAAUUGGGCGUGAGAUGGCGCUGGCAUUGGCAAAGGCCGGUGCCAAUGUGGCCAUCACUGGACGGACAGCAAGCGAAGUCAAUUCAACCAAGGAGGAGAUCCUGCGACUGGGAUCAGUCAAGGCCAUUUCUGUCAUGGCAGACGUGCUAUCCCGCGAUGAUCAAAAUAGGUUGAUCCAGCGUGUGGAGGCUGAACUCGGAGCAAUCGACAUUUUCAUAGCUAAUGCCGGUUCGAACAUCUUCCAGCCUUUUCACCUAACUGAUCCUGAGAGUUGGUGGGAUGUUAUGGAGUUGAAUGUUCGGGCGCCUGUAGAAUUGACCAGGCUUGUUCUUCCAUCUAUGCGGGUACGCAACACAGGCACGAUCAUAUAUACGUCCUCCCGCGCGGCGACAGCGGAUUUGCCAUGGACAACAAGCUACAAUUGUGCCAAGACUGCUAUUACUCGGUUUGCUGGAACACUUCAAGCAGAGCUAGAGCAGGUCCAGCGGAUUGAAUCCGGUGUUCCCAACGGGAUUUGCGUGUUCAGUAUCCACCCCGGGGAGGUCGAUACUAACCUCCAUGUCACGGCCUUUCCCGAAAAGACAAAACGAGAGGCCCCUUAUGUCAUCGAACAUAUGGAGAAGAUAGGAUCAAAGAGGCCUCACUUCUCCGGGAAUCUUCCAGCUUGGACAUGCGUCUGGCUCUGCACGGGAAAGGGUUUAGCACUGAAAGGGAGAUAUGUUGACUGUACACGAGAUGUGGAGGAACAGGUCGCUGCGGUCAACGUCAAGGAUUGA